AGUCUCAAGAGCACACCCCGUCUGCACGGAUGCGUCCCGAUUGCUAAUCGAUCUAGCAUCCCCCGUCGCGACUGUUUCUCUUUUUCUCUCUUUAUCUCGCGAAGCAUCCGACUACCGAAUCCCGGUAGUCUCCAUCAAUCGUCCGAGGAUCCCUCGCGAGACGUCGGAUUUUACUCGAGUCUCUUGAUCACCUUCACCUGAGAUCUUCGUCGAGAUCCGCUCGAGAAAACCUGCUCGACCACGUAAUCAUCGAAGAACGUGUACAAUAAUUUCCAACGUUCUCUCGUCCAAGAUGGAACGAGAGGACGAGGAUUUUGGCGAGGGCUACAUCGCGGAGUCGCAUCCUCUGAGGCCUACGCAUCUCACGGUACCGCUCGGCGGACGUUCCGAUUCUCGUGCACCCAGUAUCAGCAGUAGCGUCAGCGAUCUCGAUGUUCCGAUAUACACCAGGGAAACCACUAUACCGCUCUCAGCGAGAAAGGGUCUCAAUGGCCGAUUAGCUUUCGCUAUCGCGGCAGCCGCUCUCGGCUCAUCGUUCCAGCAUGGAUACAAUACUGGUGUGGUUAACGCGCCUCAACAGCUUAUCGAGGAUUGGAUCAGCCAGUUGAAGAUGAAUCGCACGGGUGUGCCGCCAACUCAGUCAGAAGUGACAUUAAUAUGGUCAGUGGCGGUAUCGAUAUUCUGCGUCGGCGGGAUGAUCGGGGGUUCCCUGGUAGGCUGGGUGGCGGAUCGCUUCGGUAGAAAGGGCGGUCUGCUGCUGAACAACAUUCUAGUACUGCUCACCGUGAUCUUCGAGGGUAGCGCCAAAGCGGCGAACAGCUAUGAGAUGAUAAUCUUUGGUAGAUUCCUGAUUGGUAUAAAUUCCGGACUGAACGCCGGUCUAGCGCCAAUGUAUUUGGCCGAGAUCUCGCCCGUGCAUUUACGCGGCGCCGUAGGCACGGUCUACCAGUUGGUCAUCACCAUUUCGAUCCUAGUAUCGCAGAUUCUCGGCCUGGAACAAGUUCUCGGCACCACCGAUCAAUGGCCCUUACUGCUAUGCUUGACGAUAGUGCCAGCAAUUUUCCAAAUGUGCACGCUACCGCUUUGUCCUGAGAGCCCCAAGUACCUAUUACUCAGUCGUGGCAAGGACAUGGACGCGCAAAAAGCGCUGUCCUGGCUACGCGGAACAAUCGAGGUUCAUGACGAGAUGGAGGAGAUGCGUACAGAAUACGAGUCUAUGAAACUGAUACCGAAAGUUACCGUGCGCGAACUGUUUGUGAAUCCGGCGCUCCGCAUUCCGCUUUUCAUCUCCAUUAUGAUUAUGUUUGCUCAACAACUAUCUGGCAUCAAUGCUGUCAUGUUUUUCUCAACCAAAAUCUUCACGAUGGCACAGCUGGGCAAGACUGCCGCGCAGAACGCUACCAUGGGAGUCGGCGCGAUGAAUGUCUUCAUGACUAUCAUUUCUCUAGUGUUGGUAGAGAAGGCGGGUAGAAAAACAUUGCUCCUGGUCGGAUUCGCUGGCAUGUUUUUGGACACUGCCCUGCUCGCCAUUUGUCUCGAAUUUGCUAGCACAUCGCACACAGCAGCAUACUUCUCGAUCGUACUCGUCAUCAUGUUUGUUGUCUUGUUCGCAACUGGACCGGGAAGCAUUCCGUGGUUCUUGGUAUCCGAGUUGUUCAAUCAAUCUGCCCGUCCAUCCGCCACUUCCAUUGCCAUUGCCGUGAACUGGACCGCGAACUUCAUCGUCAGUAUCGGCUUCUUACCGCUGCAGGAGGCAUUAGGCGCUUACGUGUUCAUCAUCUUUGCUGUGCUACAAUUGUUCUUCACACUCUUUAUAUACAAGAAAGUGCCGGAGACGAAAAACAAGACCAUGGAAGAAAUCAGCAGCAUGUUUAGGCAAAUAUCGUAUCAAUGAAGAGAAUCAUAAAAGAAAAUGAGAAAAAAAUGGUUUCUGAAAGAACGAAAUCUGUAUUGGCAUGAAAUCUGAACGACGAGUGCAUUCUCUGUCUCCAUCGAGGAACUCAGCGGCUCGGCGAAAG